AUGAAGCUUACAUAUUUAAUGAGCGGAUUAAUGGCCGCUUCCACAAUUGCCGCGCCAGUUGACAUUGCAAAAAGAGAUGAUAUUGAUGCCGAUAUUUUGCAAUAUGCGCUCACCCUUGAACAUCUUGAAAAUGCAUUCUAUAAGAAGGCAUUAUCAACUUGGUCCGUUGACGACUUCACAAAUGCCAAUUUUUCUUCUGAUUUUUAUUCACAAUUAAAAUAUAUUGCUCAUGAUGAAGAAGCACAUGUUCAAUAUCUCGAAGCUGGCCUUAAAGCUGCUGGUGCCACGCCAGUAGAAGCUUGUACGUAUAAAUUUCCUAUGCAAUCUGCUGAGGAUUUUGUUUCUCUUGCUGCAACAAUUGAAGGUGUUGGGGUGUCGGCAUAUUUGGGUGCAUCUCCUAUGGUGAUGUCGAAACAAUAUCUUACAGCUGCUGCUUCAAUUUUGGUUACGGAGGCAUUACACCAAUCAGCUGCUCGUAAUGCAAUAGGAGAAGUUCCCAUGGUCAAUCCUUUGGGUACACCAAUGGGAUUAAAUGCUGUUUAUUCCAUUGCUUCAGAAUUUAUUGCUGAGUGUCCUUCAUCAAACGCCAAAUUACCUGUAACCGCAUACAAAGGGCUUAAUGUAACACAGGGUAUGCCUCUUGCUGCCAAUUCUACUGUGACAUUUGUGGCCGAUGGAGAUGUUCCAUCCAGUUUCUACGUUACGUUUGUUAGCGGGUUAGAUGUCCUUCCAGUAACAGGAGAUAUGGAAAGCGGAAUGAUCAAGGUGAACGUUCCCGAGGAAAUUUCGGGGCAAUCUUAUGCUUUUAUUACUUCCGAUAAUUCCAGUAAUUUGAUUGAUUCUAAUAUCUUAUUCGGACCUGCUAUCCUUGAAGUAACUCCUUUAAGUCCUACUUUUAAUCUCACCAUCAUGUGA